AUGAAACGAUUCCGUUCGAAAUUCACGGUGGUGCGGUGCGCUUCUCCUCUUUUUACCUCAUCCAUAUAUAUACUCCAACUCCAACUGAUAAAUACGCCACCCCGUUUCUGUUUCCUCCUAUACACCCACGCCAUCGCCUCUGUUUGGAUCAUCACCACCAGCACAAGCACCAGCCUCAUCGGCGGAAAACCAAACGACGGCGAGGGGGCCGGAAACUGUUUGUUAAAGAACGAGAUGAACAUCGGACAGAAAUAA